AUGGCUGAAAAGGGAGAUGACGGUAAUACAAACCCUCCUAUAUUAAAUUUAGAUUUCAACAGGGAUAAUUCCAACGAUUACCUCCUCCCACGAGACGAUCAACUAAAAGACAGCCCACAACCAAAGGGAAUCGGACUCCAGGGAGCUAUCAAUCAAAAAAUGAAGCAACUCAACAGGAGAGUAGAGGCUCUUGAGGAACUCUACGUUGAACUGAAGCAAAUGGAACUCAACUUGGAUUCAGUAAAGCAAGAAGUGCUCGACACUCAUGAGAAGAUUAUCGAGCAGGAAUGGAGCGAACUCAAUCAACUCCAAGAGAGAGUGAUUGAGUACAUUCCAGAAAAUCACCCAUUCCUGACAGAGGAUAAAUGCGCCCUGGCGGAAAAAAUAAAGAGAGAGAGCAUCAAAUUAAUCGGUAGGUUGAAAAGUCAGAUUCCCAAAAGCCAAGACUCGAGCAACUCAACAACAGGCACCUCAACAAGCACUCUCUCCAGGAUCAUUCUAAAACCCUUCGAUGGGAAGAGGGAAAAAUGGAGAGAGUGGAGUGCACUUUUCUGGGAGAUGGUUGGAUCCAAGCCAAUCCCAGAAGUGGAAAAACUGACAAGGCUGAAGGGACUACUUCAGGGACCAGUAGAAAAUCUACUGACGUCCUUUGAACCGCUCCCAGAGAACUUUGAGAAAGCCUGGGCCAAACUCAAGAGGAAAUUUGAAGAUCCUCGCCUAGUGGCUCAGGCUCUAUUCAACCAGAUGCUGGACCUCCCCACAAUUACCAGGCCUACAGAAGAGAACAUCACAACCAACGCAUCGACAAUUGUGGAGACGUUAGACCAGCUACAGCAGAUCCCGGGCCUCAACAAAGAAGACAUCAUCGAACAGCUGUGCAUUCACCUGCUGAGAAAAUCACUGGACAGCGAUACGAGAAAGCAGUGGGAGGUGAAGCUGGGAGACUCAAAGGACUUCCCCAGCCUAACGGAAUUUGUGACAUUCAUCGAGGCAUGGGGAAGAGGCAUAAACGCUGGAGCAAAUCUCUAUGCCAACCAAACCUCCAAGCCAACCAGAACCUCAUCAACAACAUCCAGGAAAAGGAGCUCCUUCACUACAGCCACCCAACAAAAGACGAGCUCAAAUCCAGAAAGACCUCUCCCAAAGACGUUCUGUGCAUUUUGCCAGGACAAACAUUUCAUCGCAGGGUGUGAUAAAUUUAAAGCUCUCACACCAUUGCAGAGAAACAACCAUGUGGUCAACAAGGAGCUGUGUUUCAGGUGCCUUGGCCCAGACAGGAAAAUAAGGUGCAUCUCAACGAAGACAUGUCACAAGUGUCACCAGGAUCACCACACGCUGAUCCAUGGAGGAAGCCCAUACUCGAUGAGCCCCACUCCAGUCGCGGAACAAUCAGCUGUCGAGCCACCCAAGAGGAGAGAAGAACCAGAGGCCUCAACAAGCAGUGAGUGA